AUGGAGCCGGGUACGUAUACAGACCCGGAGCAGUGGGAGUGUGAGCGGCACGGCUACCUCCUGCAAGAGGCACUGGGGACGGGCUCGUUCGGCGUGGUCCGGCUGGCCAUGGCACAAGACGAGGCGACGAAAGACAACCACAGACUGGCACAGGACGUCAGACUCAGGGGACACGGCAUGGUAGCGAUAAAGAUCCUCCAUAAGAAAGCCCUCUGGAGGAAGGAAAAAGACAAGGAUUUUGUCCAGAAGGCCCUCAAGCGGGAAGUCAACAUACUGCAGCAACUUGACCACCAACAUGUAAUCUACCUGUACCAGUGUUUUGAGACGCCCGAGCGGAAGUACCUGGUGUUUGAGUACGCCCAGGAGGGCCAGCUCAGCGUGUUCGUGCAGCGGAGCCGGGUGGGGAGGGGCAUCGGCCUGCCGGAGUACGUGGCCUGCCGCUUCACCAAGCAGCUUGUGGAGGGGCUGAAGUACGUGCACGGCUGCGGCAUCGUGCACAGAGAUAUUAAAGACGAGAACAUUCUACUGGAUAGAAAAUUCAACGUCAAGAUUUCAGACUUCGGUUUUGCCACGGAACUGACGAAGGGGUACAUGAGAGAUGCCGGACCAAUGAAACGCCUGGAAACGUACUGUGGCUCACUGGAGUACAUGGCUCCCGAAAUACUUCGCGCCGAGCCGUACAGCGAUGCUAAGUACCUAGCCAGGACAAUCCUACAAGUAGACAUGAAAAGGCGGCCCAGUCUGAAGCGUAUCCUCGCACACCCCUGGCUGCGGAGGCCCCACGCGUGGUCUGCCGUUGUUCUAGACAUUGUGGAGAAGUUCAAAGACCACUACCAGAACUUGGGAAGUGACAAGUCCUCCAACUGCAAUGCCGAGAAUAUCCGCCAGGUGGAUGACAAAGUCGAGUCGUCUGAAGAAGAGGGAAGUAGCGACGCGGGCAGUUUCUCUCUACGGGAAGUACCCGGUUUGGACUCGGACCUGGAUGGACGGAAGGCGCCCUCACCGUUACACACGACUCCUGAGGGGCUCAGCCAGGAUGAACCCUACGGAGAACCAGCGGACACAACUGCAGACGGCAGACGACCGAGAAGGCGGCGAAAACGUAUCAGCUUGGACAAGACGUCAAAAGGAAGAGUUCCAGAAGAGCUCGAGAUAGCUUACAUCGAGAACCAACAGCCGAAGAAAGAGGAUGACAGCAAAAUGGAAUCUCCUGGUCGAAAACAGAGGCAACGUGCAAAGCGUAACGCCAAGCAAAACGGAAGGGAUCCCAAAACAGAAAAAGAGGAAGAUGCCAAAGCUACAGUUACUGACAGAAAAGCCCCAGAGAAAGAGUUCGGCAAACAAAGGAAGGCAUCUGACGAUGGGACUAAGGAGAAUAUAAAAAUGGCGCCAUCCAGGGGAGGACAAGGAAACCACGUAUCAGCUGAGAACAGAAAGAGCGCGAAAAAACGAGCAUCACGUGGGCGACAGAAAAAAGAACUGACAGAAAAACACACAAAUGAAGAACCCUCUCACGUGACGAUCAAGGGCAAGGAACGAGGCACUGCUUUAAGGAAGACAAAACGCUCACUUGAAGAUGAAAAUGAGUUUCAGACAAAAGAAGCCCCGGUCCGCACUGCCGUCGAAAGCGUCCAAGAUGAUUAUGAGUACAGCGACGACUUCGAAGAAGAUUCUGAAGAAAUUGAAGAUCAGAAACACAAUAAAAUCCAGGGGCGCAAGAAAUCUGUUCCAGAAAGGCGCAAAGUGCAUCCCCAAGUCAGGGCUUUGCAGAAAAACCGUGCGGUAAAAACAGCCCUUUCUUCACAGAGAGACAGUUUCAAGCCAACAAAAGGACGACAGUAUUCAUCCGCAAAGGCGCGGGUCCACCGAGGGGUAGAUCUAGAGAGUCACCACGCCUCACCAUGGUACGCCAAGCGGCAAGAUUCGUCCCCAGAAACCCUUUCCCCGCCCCCGGAGGAGUUGCUACCCGCUGCGGACGGAGACAUAGAAGAUCUUGGAUCCGAUGCGUCGUCCUUCGACCUUGAAAAGGAGGCUGCAGUUCCGUUAGAGGUGGAUAGAGGGAGCGCCCAUCGCGUCCGGACUGGGCCGAAACACUCAUGCAAGAGGGGAACGCGCUUGACAGGGAAGAGAAGCGAGGGUGCCGUCGGUAGGAGGAAUAUCCAAACACGAAAGGCGAGAAAGAAGCUCGGCAGCCAGAGAGGGAAUUGCGUGGAGAGGGUGGAAGUAGGCGGUCUGCUGCCACCGAUAGACGUCAACUGGAAGGCGGGGCAGCUAGUCGGCCAGCUCCCGUCCGCGGACACCAAACCCGCCGGUGAUGUCCAACGGUCACAGCACACGCCUCAUCCCAAAACUGGAAGGAUCCAACGAAGGAGGAAGCGCUCUGGUAACCUCCGUCAUUCCCCGAAAGGAGACAGAAACCAACCAAGUGCAUGGCUGUAGAUGGUCCAAACAAUAAACUGCAUUGAGAAACGUGCAUUCAUUAUACAUGUGCAUAUUACAAAAUGUCGUAUGUAUCAAAACCCUGCGUGGGAAAAUGUCAACACACACAACGAACUCAGUUUAGACUGA